AUGGCUCGAGUGCGGUUGUCAUUUUUAUUGAUAAACUGCAUUUUUUUGUGUGAAAUUCAGUGUGCUAAAAUACUUGCAGUGUUUCCGACUCCCUCCAUAAGUCACCAAGUGGUAUUCCGCCCUUACAUCCACGAGUUGGUGAAACGAGGACAUGAAGUCGUCUUGGUUACGCCAGAUCCCGCGUUUCCCAAAGGACAGGCUCCCGCUAACCUCACUGAAAUUGAUGUACACGACAUAUCAUACACGUAUUGGGAAGAUAUUAUGAGCAUACACGACGGUAGGAAGGGUAACAUUAUAAAACAAUUCACAAUUGUGUUCGAAAAAUUUACGAACGUGUUUGAAAAGCAGUUGCUUGCACCAGAAUUUCAAAGGAUAUUGAAAGAAGAAAAGGAUACCUUUGAUCUCAUAAUCGUUGAAAUGACCGUUCGAACUGCACUCGGUUUAGGGCAUCUACUGAAAAAACCAAUGAUACUAUUCAGUUCUUUAGGCGGUGCGUCAUCUCAGUUCGAUCAGUUCGGAGCCCCUAUGCAUCCGAUUGUCUUUCCUACGUUUGUGAACCAACGAGUGUACAACUUGAGUAUGGUGGAGAAAUGCUGGGAGCUCUUUAAGUAUCUUACUAUAGAAUAUAUGGUGGUGUACACGUAUAAUUAUGAUCUUGAUGUGGCGAAAAGAUACUUCGGUGAGGACAUGCCAGGUUUUGAAGAGGUGUUUGAUGAGUACGUUCAUAUGCUCAUACUGAACGAACAUCAGAUAUGGGCUGAAAACCACCCGGUACCGCCAAAUAUAUUGUUCGUUGGUGGAAUCCACCAAGCACCUGACAUGACACUUCCUUCAGAUCUACAAAAUUAUUUGGAUACUUCGAAAGCCGGUGUCAUAUAUAUUAGCUUUGGUACAAAUGUAAGAACAAAAGUACUUUCAUUAGAAACAGUGAAGCUGAUGGCGAAAGUAUUUUCGGAAUUACCCUACGAUGUAUUGUGGAAGUGGGAUGAAGAUGAGUUGCCUGGCAGAUCGGGCAAUGUGAAGAUAUCAAAAUGGUUACCCCAGGCGCAAUUACUAAAGCAUCCAAACAUAAAACUGUUUGUGACGCAAGGCGGUCUCCAAUCGACGGAUGAAGCCAUAAACGCAGCUGUGCCAGUCAUAGGCAUUCCCAUGCUGGGAGACCAGUGGUAUAACACAGAGAAGUAUGUACGUCACAAGAUUGGUCUGCAACUGGAUAUACAUUCACUAACAGAAGAAACAUUCAAGAGUGGUAUUACAACUGUUAUAGAAAAUAAUAGCUAUAAAGAAAACAUACUGAGGCUUCGCACUCUAAUGCAAGAUCAUCCAAUCAAGCCACUCGAUUUGGCAAUAUGGUGGACCGAGUACAUUCUACGUCAUGGCGGGAAACAUUUAAGGUCCCCAGCUGCGAGUAUGCCUUGGACCACGUACUAUGAAUUACCCCUAGUUUUUACCAUAUUGUUAAUAUUGUGUAUUAUAUUUGUGUUAUUCAUAUUAGUUGUAUGUUUUAUUAUUAAAAAGUGCGUAUUUAAAAAUGUUAAAGGGAAAUCGAAAAUUAGUUAG